AUUAGUACGAUAUCUAUUACUUUAUUAAGGAAAACAUUUUCGUAUUGUUUGUAAGUUUAUUCAAGAUUCCGAAAUUGCGAAAAUAAAACUUUAAUAAUAUGAUUGAGAAAAAGACGGAAAAGGUUAAACAUGAUACAAAACCUCGAGAUGAUGGAGUUGACUUGGAAAAUCAGUUUAUUUUGCGAUUACCAGAGGAACCAGCCAAGGCGUUACAUGAAGCUUUAUUAACUGGCAGUCUCAAAGAUAGGAUGACAAUCAAACUGGAUAAUGAAUUGCGCUAUGGCGAGUUACGUUUUGAUCAUUGGUUAUUGCAUGCUAAAGUGGUAGACUUGCCUACUAUCAUUGAAUGCCUUAAGACAAUAGAUACCAAAAAUUUCUAUAAAUCUGCCGACAUUUGUCAAUUGAUGAUAUGCAAAGAAGAACCAGAUGCAUUAGACUCUGAAAAAGAAUCUCCAAAUAAAGGUAAAAAGAAGGAUCCUAAUAAAGUAGACAAAAAAUACUUGUGGCCUCAUGGAAUUACCCCACCAUGUAAAAAUGUACGUAAACGUCGUUUUCGUAAAACAUUAAAAAAGAAAAAUGUGGAAGCUCCAGAAAUCGAGAAGGAAGUAAAACGUCUUCUUCGUAUAGAUAACGACGCAGUGAAAGUGGAUUUUGAAAUCAUAAAUGAAGAUUUAGAUAAACGCUCCUUGGAACAACAAUCAAAAGAAUACAAUGAAGGGGAGGAAGAAUAUAAUGAUGAAACUAUGAAUGAAGGAGACAAAAAUAACGAUUCUUCUUCACAAAAAGACAUCAAUGUUGAAUCUGACGGUGACGAUGAAGAUGCACCAUCUACUUCAGCGCCGAUUGUGGGUGUUGGUGAGCACGAUAUCUUUGGUGAAGUAUCAUCUUCAGAUGAGGAAGAGGACAUGCAGCGGGACACCUCUCGACUACAAGAUCUUGAGGAAAUGUCACGAUUGUCAGCGGAUGAUUCGCGGUUGUCUGACUUUUCUAUUGGCGCUAAUGGUGGGGCGGAUGCCGCUGGAACUUCUGCUAGUAUUAUGACUGGCACUAGAAUAGAUAACACUAUUUCAAAAGAAAAUGCAACCGAAUUCGACAAAUCAAUGUUCGGCAGUCCAAAGGGCGAUGCUGAUGAUAUCAUUUCAAAAUUCGGUGGUUCCAAUUCGAGUCUGGCGCCUCCAAGUGGUUAUUAUGAAGAACAAAAACGUAAUGAAUAUGACGACGACUUUUUAAACGAGGUUAACACCACAAUGCCGCAAUUAAAUUCAGAUCAAAUUCAGAGUCGAAUAGCCGAACUACGUAGGCAAUACGAAGAGCUAAAAACCCAGCAUUUGCAAAAGGCUCAAGAAAUUUCGUCUAUUCAAAAUCCAACACUAAAGCAAAGGUUACAAGAAACCCUUGAUAAUUUGCAAAAUCAGAUGGACGACAAAGUGUCAGAGAUUAGGGACUUGGAAAAUAUGUUGUAAAACAUUAUUCUAUAAAGUAAAAAAGUAUUGUUCUUUUAUUUGAAAUUUGUAUUUUGGCUUUGAUUUAUGAACAUUACAUAUAUUUUUAUAGUUAUUAUUCCCAAAUAGCAAUAAAAUUAGAUCAAUGAUUUCUACGUGUUAGGAUUUCAAUCAAACAUUUUUGAAAAAUGUUUAAGUUUUAUAAACUGAAAUAUGUUAAAUAAGAUAAUAUUAGAGACU